AUGAAAAGAUUUUUCAAGCCAGUGGAGAAAGAUGGCUCUUCCAAGAAACCCACAAUUUCUGCUUCUUCAUCAUCAGUAAAAGGAAAUGAAAUUACCAAAGAAACUGCUGCUGUAGAUGAAGAGAAAAGUGAAAUCACCAAGAAAGACCCUUUAAAAUUCUUGACAUGGAAUGCAAAUAGUUUUCUGCUAAGAAUCAAGAACGACUGGCCUGAGUUCUCUAAGUUUAUAGAGAAUUAUGAUCCUGAUGUCAUUGCCAUACAGGAAGUAAGGAUGCCUGCAGCUGGUUCCAAGGGUGCACCUAAAAACCCUAGAGAGUUGAAAGAUGAUACUAAACCUUCACGCGAGGAAAAGCAGAUUAUAAUGCGUGCUUUAUCGAUUCCACCAUUUAAAAAUUUUAACGUAUGGUGGUCUCUUUCUGAUUCAAAAUAUGCUGGAACUGCAUUGCUUAUAAAAGAGUGCAUCCAACCGAAAAAGGUUUCUUUCUCGCUUGAUGAAACAGGUUCGAAGCAUGAACCUGAUGGGCGGGUAAUUUUUGCUGAAUUUGAAUCAUUCCGGCUAUUAAAUACAUAUGUACCAAACAAUGGUUGGAAAGAGGAGGAAUCCUCGUUUCCAAGGAGAAGAAAGUGGGAUAAGAGGAUGCUAGAAUUUGUUCUUAGAACUUCUGAUAAACCCCUUAUUUGGUGUGGCGAUCUUAAUGUAAGUCAUCAAGAUAUUGACGUGAGUCAUCCAGAGUUUUUCAGUGCAGCAAAGCUCAAUGGUUAUGUUCCACCAAACAAAGAGGAUUGUGGUCAGCCUGGAUUUACAUUGUCCGAGAGGAAGCGCUUUGGAACCAUACUAAAAGAGGGAAAGCUAGUGGAUGCAUAUAGGUACCUGCACAAGGACCAAGAUAUGCAGUGCGGCUUCUCGUGGUCAGGAAACCCUAUUGGAAAGUAUCGUGGGAAAAGGAUGCGGAUUGACUAUUUCAUUGUCUCAGAGAAACUUAAAGACAGGAUAGUGGCAUGUGAAAUACAUGGACAAGGGAUUGAAUUAGAAGGUUUCUAUGGGAGUGACCACUGUCCAGUAACACUCGAGCUUUCUGCGAGAACUAAUGUCCCUUGA